AUGCUACUCCCGCAUGGUCUAAUCCGCCGCCGGCUGCGGUUCCUCCUGUUAUCUGCCCUGGCCGGCGUGAUAACGGUUUGGGUGCUCACGGAUGGCCAGCAGCAGGAGCAAAGCCCGCCGUUUGAUGCCGAGCUGGUACAACUCAACUACCCUCUGGUAUGGAAUCACAUCCAGUCGUUCGACGGCUUCGGAGGAGCGUGGUUCAUUCCUCCGAGCUGGGUCGCAGACGACCAGCCGCGAGACAUUGUCGAAGCUGCUGAGCUUGCUUCCAAGGCAGCCCUUUCCGUGCGCGAGCGGCAGCUCUCCUUUUCCAACAUUCCUCUGCUGAUGCAUCAGACCGGAGCCUCGUCCAAGGUCGACACAUGGAAGCCCGAAAUCAUUCCGUGGGUCCAGCAAUGGCUCGGAUAUGCUGUGGCUCCAAACAAUACCGCUCCCAUGGCCUAUUUCUUCUGGGAUGAUGAAGGCAUCGACUUGUUCAUGGAGAGAUAUGAAAAGGAUUUCAUCAAUGACUUUUACAACAUCUUCACUCCCGUCGAAAGAGCAGACAUCUUUCGUGUCCUAGUGUGUCAACACUUUGGUGGCGUUUAUGCCGAUAUCGAUACAGAGCCCUUACGACACCCUGCCAAUUGGCUCGGCCCGUCAGAUCUCUCGAGAUGGACCGAUGAUAUCACUGGCAAGAGCUACGGCCUCAAGAACCCGGAGGCGGAGGCAGAUGGCACGCGGCCAGUUAACCUUAUCUGGGGGCUUGAGGCUGACACAGAUCCAAAUUCAAAUGCGUAUUGGCGAAUGGGAUACACUUAUCCCAUCCAGCUUACCCAGUGGGCGCUGGCAUCUGCCCCUGACCACCCGGCUCUGAAGCUAUUCAUGGAGAAUCUUCGCAACGAAGUACGCCUGGAAAAGGAAGCAACCACGUAUGAUUCCAAUAGAGUUGACCCCCUGACCCGAACGGGACCUGCUGCCGUCACACUUGCCACGCUAAUGUGGCUGGAAAACACGAUUGGCUUCAGAUGGAGCGCCCUGACGGGUCUGAAAGACGGAGGGAAAUCAAAGUUGGUGGAAGAUGCUUUAAUCCUGCCCAUAACAGGCUUCAGCCCAGGUCGCGGGAAGUAUGGAAACAUGGGAUCCAAACCUAUUACGCACCCUGAUGCUCGACUUGUCCACCAUGCCUUGGGCUCAUGGAGAAAGUUCGAUUUGAUAGUCGAAUAUGGCAAGUUUUGCCGGACGGCAUUUGGCUUCUGCAAAGACUGGUCGAAAGUCCCGACAACGCAUUCUCGAAUUACUUUGUGA